UAAUAAUAAUAAAUUAAUUGAUCCCCGCCAUGUUGCGCAGGUAACUGCACACCUGACAAUAAUUAGCCGUUAACGACAGUCACCUGCCGCCUUCGCCACUCCGUGUUUUCUCCACAGGUAAUGGCGCAGCCCCGCCGAGUGCAGCUCACCCCUUUGCCCACAGACGUCCAGUCCUGUGCAAUGAAUGGAGCCGUCCUCGCUCCGAAGUCGCAACCCGAACCCGGUAGUGCCUCCCCGCUCGCAGCGAACUGCGGGUCGGGUGUUAUUCGCCUCGUCGUCUCGUUGUUUGAGCCGGAUGAGCAAAACUUUGCCGAGUUUAGUUACACUCAGCUGCUGGAAAACAAGUGGCACAACGUAAAAGAUGAAGUCGAGACCAGGUCCAGAUUUGAAGUGGGGGACCAGAGCGAGAAGCAGCAUAUGGCUUCACUUAUGAGGAACUUGGAGAAGAAAUAUACGGUCAAGAAAAAGCAGGAUCGCGUUCAGGACUUGAUCGAUAUCGGUUAUGGUUACGACGAUGAGGAUUCCUUCAUUGACAACUCCGAGGCUUAUGACGAGUUUGUGCCGUCCUCCAUCACCACCAAAUUUGGAGGAUUCUACGUCAACUCUGGCGUGUUGCACUUCCGCCAGAUUUCUGACACUGAAACGGACGAUGGAAUCACAGGAGAGAUAACACCAGCCAAGACCGCCAAGAAACGUGAACUUAAAGAUGGACAAGAAAUGCCAAAGAAGAAAAGGCGUAGAAACGUUGUACCAGAUAAAAAUGGCGCCGAUGGAAAUUCCAGCGUGGCAUCAGACGAGCUGAUGAAGAAAAAGAAGAAAAAGCUUUCCGGAACUCUGAGCGUCACCAGCAUGCUGAAGAAGUUCCGUCGAGAAAAGGAGCUUGAGCGGAAGAAAAUGGAGAGAACUCAUCUGCGCAUGGCGAGGACGCCGCUAACUCCCGUGACAGCACAGUGCCCAGCCGAUACGGGCGGCGGCGGCGGCUCUGGAUUGGCCGACCCGCUGCUCAGCUUGAUCGGAUCCACAGAUGAGCAGGCACUUCUCCAGGCGGCCAGCACGGUGGAAUUUGACAUCGACUUGGACUGUUUGUUGGAUGUCGGCGACGAGAUAGCAACGCCUUUAAUGGAGCCGCCCUCUCCAGAGCAGCAAAGAGCAGAACAUCGCCACCUGCCUGAAGCUUCCUAUGAUGCAACACUGUCUCCAAGCAGAAAGAUGACCCAACCACAAAAACCUCAUCCAGAGGUUGCAUCCUUAUAUCAGUGCGUCGCCCUGCCCGAGGGACUCCCACCUGCCCUGGAGGACAGCAUCAAGAAACUGAUGCUGGCAGCCAAGACUUCGGAGGGAGAGUCCAAACUCAAGUUCUUCACCCCGGAAAUCAACGCUGUGCUGCUGGAUAUAGAGCGCAAGUGUCGCGAGCACGGCGGCCAGUCGCGCUCCCGGGUGUACACGCACUUGUCGUUCUUCCUGCCCUGUAGCAAGGAGACGCUCCUCAAACGUGUCAAGAAACUCAAGCUUGCAGAAGGCUUUUCAAACGUGGAGGAUCCCAUGCAGAAGCUGAAGGAUGCCAUCGCCAGAGCCAUGCCCGAGCAGAUUACACGUUUCAACCAACAUUGUCAAGAAUAUGAGCAAGUCAAAACCCUGAGGACAAUGGAGGACGGGAGUGACGUCAGGCAAGGUGGACAAGGCAACAAUUUGGAAGAGAAGGGGACAAAAAGAGGAGGCGGCCCAAAGAAGCUUUUCAAAUGGAACGAGGAGAUCAGGGAGGUUCUGCAUCAUGUCCUGAGAGAAAAACUUUCAGUAUUUCAAAACAAAAGUGACUGGAGGCAACACCGAGAGGAGUACCUCAAGACCCUCUUGGUCAAGGAUGUCAAACCUCUCUGGCCCAAAGGCUGGAUGCAAUCCAGGGUGCUGCUGAGUGAGAGUAGGAAGAUACUGGGCCUCCAGCUAAUGUUUCCAAAGAGAUCCAGAUCAGAAAAGAAGCAGCUGUCAAUCACUGCGCCGUCAGUGUCUGAUCAAAACAUAAGACCGCUACCACUUAAACUCGAACUUCCUUAUGAGGAAAAUUCAGUAGUCGAACAAGCUUCAAGCGCGUCCCGCGUGACGACCGAAGAUACCGAAGUGAUCGUCUUGGAUUCGGACUCGUCACAAACGCCCAAUGAUGACCUGUCAGCGAUUCUCCGUGAGCAGGCUCCGGUUCACAUGGGCUCACAGGCUACCCCCAGUGAGCUCUUUGCGGCCGCUAUCACCAAAUACAAAAGUUCCCUUCAGUACUGGAACUUGAGUGUGGCAAACGGCACCCCCCCGCUUCCACCGCCACCUCCUCAAUGCAGCCCACUUAACUUUCCCGAAGGAGGCCUGUGUCACGUGGCCCUGCCAAAACUGCAAGAUUUAUUGGGUACCCCUACAGAUUUGGGGCCAGAUCUACAGAGAGGCUCAGAUGUCAUUGUAUGAACUCUCCCAUGUCUUGCUUGAUAAAAUGAGUGUUUCCAUGGUGGUGGUCACUAGCUGCAGUCACAACCCAAAAAAAUUUGAAAGCCUUUUUUGGGAAAUGCUUGAUUCUUUUUUUUUUUUUUUGUUAGUACAAAUAAAGAUUUCACAUUGUUUCCACAGAACAUUCAACUAUAGUAACUCUCAAACAAUUGAUAAAACCAUAUUGAUAACAUGGUGGGGGGGGGGGUCUCACUG